AGGCACAAGCCCGGCCUCCGCACAACCUGUUUCCGGCGUGGUAACGCGGCGGUGGUUGGCUGGCUAGGCAGACAACAUGGCGGCGUCCGUGCUAGGCUCGCUGCUGCGGACCUUCCGGCAGGCAGUUCCUCAGUCAGCAUCAGGCCAAGUUCGAGGUUACUAUGUAGACUGGAGAAUGUUGCGUGACGUGAAGAGAAGAAAAAUGGCUUAUGAGUAUGCAGAUGAGAGACUUCGGAUCAAUUCACUCAGAAAGAAUACCAUUUUGCCAAAAGACCUUCAGGAAAUGGCUGGUGAUGAAAUUGCUGCCCUUCCACGGGAUAGUUGUCCUGUUAGAAUCAGAAAUCGGUGUGUUAUGACAUCUCGCCCACGUGGUGUUAAGCGUCGCUGGAGACUUAGUCGCAUUGUUUUCCGCCACUUAGCUGACCACGGCCUACUUUCUGGAGUCCAGCGAGCAAUAUGGUAAAACAGUUUCAGAACCUGCCCAGAAGCCAACCCUGACAAGAGACUUAAGACCAAACCCUAGAUCUUUUAAGGGUCUAGUAUAUUUAGUCUACUUGACCCUGAGUUAAAUUACUUUUAGAUUUUAAAUAAAUGUGGCUGUCAUUGAAUUGUCUUUUAACUUUAAAGCAUAUUACUCCCACACAUGGUAUAAGAGUGAAAUAAAAAUAUUUUCUGUGAAA